GACGGACCAGAGUCAGACAUCUGGAAACUUUUGAAACUAGGGUAAAGCUUCCCAGAUGGAAAAAUAUGUGAAGUCAAAAGGUUGGGAAUCAGGAAGGACGACAAACUAAUUGGGGGAAGGAGGCGACCACAGUGGAAGAAGAUCAUAGUAGAGAAGAGCAAAGAAAGCUUAUCGAAACGUUCUGCGUCAGGGAUUCUCCUCCUGAAGAGGACCUGGACAGGAAGAGGAAAACGAAGGGAUUAACAAGUUUGGGAAUACAAAACGGAACCUACCAGCAACAACAUUAGACAGAACUGAAACGCAUGCUCAGGAUGUCAGUGUCUCGCAAAUGCUUGUGCUGCGUCAAAUAUGUGAUGUUUGUCUUUAACCUCAUCUUCUGGCUGGGAGGAUGUGGAUUGUUUGGCGUUGGAGUCUGGCUGUCCUUCACACAGUCCGAGUUUUCAUCUCUUCCUCUAUCCUUCCCAUCGCUCUCGGCAGCCAAUCUGCUGCUUGUUGCUGGCGGGAUCACUAUGGUAACGGGCUUCCUUGGCUGCCUCGGAGCCCUUAAGGAGCAACGCUGCCUGUUGUUCAUGUUCUUUGUGAUCCUGUUGCUCCUUGUCCUGACAGAAGUCGCUCUAGCACUGGUAAUACACAUCUUUCGAGAUCGGCUGGAUUCCAAAGCACAAGGUCAAUUAAAGGAGGGAAUGAAAAAUUACGAAUCACAACCUGGGUUGAAAAAAUCUUGGGAUAAUGUCCAAAAAAUGUUCAAAUGUUGCGGCGUUACUAACAAAACCGACUGGUAUGACGUGCUCAAUGGAACACUGCCAUCGUCCUGCUGCUCCGUCGGGAUUGACCAAUGUACUGACGGAUGGAGUGAGCCUUGUUACCAAAAGGCCAGGCAGUGGCUUCUGGAUAACAUUCCAUCAGUUCUGGUGUUUGGCGUGUGCAUCGGUGUGGUGCAGAUCUUGGCCCUGGUGUUCUCCAUGCUGAUGUACUGCCAAAUCAUGUGUGCUGAAAAGUAUUUGGACUGACUGUGGACCUGCUGACUAGCUCAUUAAGGGAGGGGCGCUGCUAAAAAUGCCAUUCUAGAGUUACACAGCCAAACUGACACAUGGCUUCAGUGGAAACCUUUUGGAUAAUCGAAUCUGAAAAAAAGCUUUCAAUUGUUAAUCAAACAUUACAAAUUUUUUGUCUUUUUUUUUGUUUUUUUUGGGGGGGGGGCAUAAUAAAGCCAUUGAAGCAAUCUGAGCAGGUGAAGCAAAAACAAACAAACAAACAAAUAAAAACUCAUGGGCAGCGCAUGUCCUCUUUCUACGUGUCAUAAAUCGAUACAUUAAAUCUGAUCAAUACAAUUUGAAGUCCAUCUGCUUUGGACAAAGCCAAUUGUAAUUAUUUAUGGCUCUUUAACAAGAGGCUUAGCAAAGCCAUGAGUUUCAUCCAUCCAUUUUCUGUAUCAUUGUCAUCAUUAGGAUCACAGGUGAACUGGAGCCUAUCCCAGCGGACUUUUGCAUGUUUUUAGAAUGUGGGAGGAAGGAGUACCUGGGGGAAAAAAAGCCUAUGUGAGCACGGGGAAACAUGCACACGCCACAAAGAGGGUCCAAGCCAAGAUUGGACCUCUUGACCGUGAGGCAGACAUGUAAAACAACAACUCCACCAUGUUGCCAGAUGCUGAUUAUAUGAAGAAAUUUAAAAAUGCUUACCACCCAGACAUGAUGAGAGGUAUACAGUGCUUAACACAUUUAUGAGACCACCAAACCAAUAUGAGGUUUAUGCAGCAGCUACCCUAAAGUAACAGUACUGGUUCUUCUUAUUCUACUCUUAGAUUCACCUAUUCAUGGAUGUAUUUAUUUUUUUUAUUUUUUAUUUCUAUUUGCUGUUUUUGCGAGGAACAAACCUGCCACCAAUUUGAUUUCUAGUGCCUCUGAUUAACCCCAAAUCAAGUUCAGGUGUUCUACUUGGGUUUUCCUGACAUGUUUUGCUUUCUUGCAGAAAAGCCUGAAUGUUUUGAGCUAACACUGACUGGUAUUUGGAACUAUUCAUAAUUUUAAAAAAAAAGAAACAGCCCCAAAGCGUGAUACUGCCACCACCAUGCUUCACUGUAGACACGGUGUUCUUUUGGUGAUGUGUGUUUUGUUUGCGCCAAGCGUUACCUCUUGGAAAUAUGACCAAAAAGCUCUACCUUGGUUUUAUCACACCAGAUGCAUAUUGGACAUUGCAAGGGUGUGUUUUUUUUUUUUUUUUUUUUGUCUUUAUAAAGCUUCCAUCUUGCCACACUACCUCAUAGCCUAGACAUAUGAAGAAAAUGUAAGAUUGUCACAUGUACUAAACAGCCAAUACUUGCCAGAAAUUCUUGCAGCUCCUUCAGUUUUGGCGUCGGCCUCUCGGCAGCAUCCCUGACCACUUUUCUUCUCGUCUUUUCCUCAAUUUUGGAGGAAGGUCCAGUUCUUGGUAAUGUUACUGUUGUGCCAUAUUUUCUCCACUUGAUGAUGGUUGACUUCACAGUGUUCCAUAAUGGUAUAUUAAAUGUCUUGGAAAUUACUUUGUACCCUUCACCUGACUGAUGCUGUGGAAGCUGUCUGCUGGCUCUGGCUUGUGCUUUUAGAUGUGACAAAAAAGAUAUCAAGAAAAGCCUACUAGAACAUCUGAACUUUAUUUUAUUGAUCUAAUCAUUGGCACAUUGAAUAGUGGCAGGUGUAGGCUGCCUCCCAUUUAACGAGUUCUAGUGUGUCACUAUCCGCCUUGACACCUCCAUGGAGACACAGCCACAUCCCCACUUAUAAGAGGGUGUUCAGACUUGUGCAACCACAUUAUCUCAGUUACGUUCAUUUUUACUUUCCCCCACUAAAAUAGUUCAUAAUUCUCAAUUGAGUUUGACAGUUUUGAAAUGGUUUAGCUUGGUCUCUUAUUUUUUUUUUUUUACCACAAAAUGCUGGCAUUUGAGCAGGGAUGGAUACAAUUUAAUCAAUUGUAGAAGCUCUUUAACUGAUACAUUUUAAAUGCAAAAAAAUAUACUAUACUAAUUGUGAGCCAUUAAUUUUCUAAUUAGCUGUUUUACUAAAAUAGUCAAUCACAUUAUUCCUUGAAUAGUUUUUGUUUUUGCUUUGCUCCGGGUGUACCCAUGAGUAAUCUACUUUAACAUAAUUGUAAAUACAUAUUAACAGCGGUGAAUGGGCAUUUGUUGCCAGCUGACUGAGGUUUAUUACGUAUGUCGCAGUGUCUAGGCUACACUGAAGAAAAAAGAAUUAUUACACUGAGAAUAAAGUUUGAAUUUUAUGACAAAACGUCAUGAUUUUUUAGAAAAUGCAAUUUUCUACACACAAAAAAAGGUCUCGGGAGAACAACGCCUUCUGAAAUGUAUACCUGUAUUACCUCCCACAUUGUUUUGGGGAAAAUAUCACACAGAGUGCGUCUGGGAAGUAUAAAGUGUACUUCACUUUUCCACAUUUUAUGGCCCAGCCUUAUUAUAAAAUGGAAUCAAUUAUGAACAAAGGUUUUUCUUGUUUAUUUGUAUUCUUAACAUAAUUCAAAAACGUUUUUUGUUGUGUGUAGAGUUUUGGGGGGGUGAAUUAAUUUAUUCCAUUUUCGAAUAAGGCUGUAACAUACUUUACGCGGAAAUGCGCGGAUGAACUGUACUUUGGUCUCGAGAGAGAGACAACAGCAACUGCUCAUCUGAAGACUGGUACAUUUUGUUUUGUGAGGAAAUGUUUGUUUACUUGCGAAAAUGUUUUUCCCUGUGUAAAAUUAUAUAUAUAUAUAUAUAUUUCUUUUCAGUGCGGCUAUUUCUCCUCUGUAAGAUUAGGCCACCAGUAUUAUAGACCACUUAAGUAUUUGAUGCAGUGUAUUUCGCCGUUAACAUCGCAAUUAUUUUGUUGCAAACUAAAAUUACUCUAUUUUUGCUUGGAGGAGAAAUAUUUUUACUUCCAAUGAAAUAUUUACAAUACUCACAAUUUUGAGUGACAGCUUUCUUCAUCAAGUUCUAUCUUGUCAUGUAACAGGUUAAAAAAAAAAAAAAAAAAAGAUCUCUAUAUUCCUGAAGGUUGCUUAUCCAACUUGUAUGUGUCAUUACAAUAAGGAUUUGCAUAAUAUAAGCCUUGCUGCAGAUGUGGCAUAUUUGUGAAAUGAAAUUAUUUCUGCACAGUUUCCAGGCUGCUUUGUUUAAACAAUUAUCCGAGUUUGAUUUGAUGAAGCCUUAUAUUUUUGUGAUGCUUUUCAAUUUGUUACCGUGCCUCAAGUGUCAUAUUUUGCGUCUCCCUCUUUUCGUGUGUGUGUGAUUCAUAUUUGACUGCACUAAAUCAGCUCUCCUGGAUAUUCCCCAUCUGAGCUGAAAUGCAACAAAAAGCAUUAUACAGUAACAUGAUACCUUCCAGUGGACAGUUUUAUUUUUUUUACAGCUCAAGAUCGUGUUUUCAUAUAAUCAAGUGAAAAAAUGUUUCAUACCCUCUGUCCUCUUCAAAAUAAAAUUCAGUGCAAAAAACAAAGUUGAUAAAAAAAAUUAAAAAAAAAAAGUUCAUCAAGCCAUCAAAUAUUUUGGGACUGAUGUGUAAACUGUCCAUGCAUCAUAAUCUUCCACUAAUGUACCACUCAAACAGUGCUGAUGCUUGAUUCCAUUAUUAUCCCGUGCAUGUUAUUAGAGAUGGUUGUUUCUUCAGGCUGUAAAUAAAUAUACUGUAUGUGUAUUUUA